GAGCGAAAUGACGCCCCACUUCCCACUACCACUACCACCAGAAAAACCAAAAAAAUCCCUCGAAUCCUCGCUUCCUUCUCUUCUACUCUUCUCCCACUCUCCCCUCCGCGAUUCCUCCGUUCUCCUUUCUGAGCUUGAUCUCACUCGCCCUCGUCAAUGGAGUCUGGGUCGAGCUCGGAAGGCUUCGGGAAGAGAGAGGAGAGGCCGAAGGGGCGGCAGAAGCUGGGGCCAUGGCCGCCGCUGAUCGAGCCCUUCGUGCCUCGCACUGAUCACAACCCCAAAGAGCUGAAAUCCUGGGCCAGAAGGACCGGCUUCAACCCCAAUGUCUCCGGCGAGACGACGGUGAGUAGCAUCGACGAGAGGGAUCCUGUGGAGAGGAACGAAGCUCCGGUGGCCGCCUCCGCCGCCGCUGGUGGCGGUCGGUGGGAUUUGGAGAAGGGUCUCGGUCGCCGGGGAGAAGCGUUGAGUAAAAGAGCGGAGAUCGGGGCGAUAUUGGGCAGGAGAAGGACCGGGAUUGAGAACAGGGGGGUCGAGAUCAAUCCGGUGCCGAGAACUAACGGUGAUCCCGAGAGUUUGGGUUUUAAGGAUGGCGAAGGGAGGGUUGAGAAGGAGAAGAAGAGGAUUAAGGUUGAACCGGUGAUGAGAUUGAAGGAUGAGGUGAGGGGUAUAGAGGAGGAGCCUCCGGUGAGAGCUAAGAAUGAUGGGUUGAAUGGUAAUGGCCGUGGAAAUGGGGGACCGGCAGUUGCUCCGGUGUCAAUUGACGAAGAUUGGAAGAAGGAUGAGAGGAAAGGCGAAAGGGAAGUGGAGAUUGACAUGUUUCCUGAAUCUCCCAAGCCAGAUCAACCAUCGACAUAUAGACCUGGAGGGCUUAAGUGUGGCAUUACAGAGAAUCCGGGUGUCGCUGCCCUCAUCUUUUAUGGUAUGCAGCAUUAUUUAUCAUUGGCUGGUUCGCUUGUGUUCAUUCCUUUGAUCAUGGUACCAGCUAUGGGUGGUACUGAUGAGGAGACUGCUUAUGUCAUUUCUACAAUGCUACUAGUUUCUGGUGUUACGACAAUAAUGCAUUCCUUUUUUGGUACCAGGCUUCCAUUGGUUCAAGGAAGCUCCUUUGUGUAUCUGGCUCCUGCUUUGGUAAUCAUAAACUCUGAAGAGUUUCGAAAUCUCAGUCAAAAUAAGUUUAAGCACAUUAUGAGGGAACUACAAGGGGCCAUAAUUGUUGGUUCAAUUUUUCAGACAAUCUUGGGAUACAGUGGCCUUAUGUCACUUCUUCUAAGGUUAAUAAAUCCAGUGGUAGUUGCACCCACUGUUGCCACAAUUGGUUUGGCAUUUUUCAGCUAUGGAUUUCCUCAAGCUGGAGCUUGUGUGGAGAUCAGCAUUCCCCUGAUUUUAUUAAUUCUUAUUUUCACUCUGUACCUUCGAAGAAUUUCUUUUUUUGGGAAUCGUGUAUUCCUUAUUUAUGCGGUUCCCCUAAGUGUUGUGAUUGUAUGGGCAUAUGCCUUCUUUUUGACAGCUGGUGGGGCUUACAACUUUAAAAGCUGCAGCUCAAAUAUACCUAGUUCAAACAUCUUAUUGGAUGCUUGCAGGAGACAUGCAGAUACUAUGAAGCAUUGCCGGACUGAUGUUUCUAAUGCAUGGAAAACUGCUGCUUGGGUUAGGGUUCCUUAUCCAUUCCAGUGGGGUUCCCCAACUUUGAGUUUCAAGACAUCUUUCAUUAUGAUCAUUGUAGCAUUGGUUGCAUCAGUUGAUUCAGUUGGGUCAUAUCAUGCUACAUCCAUACUAGUCAACUUAAGGCCCCCGACACCUGGAAUUGUUAGCAGGGGAAUAGCCAUGGAAGGGGUUUCAAGUAUUCUGGCUGGACUCUGGGGUACAGGAACUGGAUCAACUACACUGACUGAAAAUAUACACACCAUUGAUGUUACUAGAAUGGCAAGCAGAAAAGCUUUGCAACUUGGAGCAGCCUUAUUGAUCCUCUUUUCUUUUGUAGGAAAAAUUGGUGCGCUUCUUGCUUCUAUCCCACUUGCUUUGGCUGCUUCUGUUCUUUGCUUCACAUGGGCUCUGAUUGUAACACUUGGCCUAUCAACUAUGCAAUAUACUCAAACUGCAAGCUCCAGGAACAUCAUCAUUGUUGGGUUUACCUUGUUCAUCUCUCUUUCGAUUCCUGCAUAUUUUCAACAGUAUGAACCCACUUCCAGACUCAUUCUUCCCAGUUAUUUGGUGCCUUACACGGCAGGAUCAAAUGGACCAGUCCAUACGGGCAGCAAAGGGCUAAAUUUCGCGUUGAAUGCUCUUUUAUCACUUAACAUGGUGGUGGCACUCCUCGUGGCCUUCGUGCUUGACAACACAGUUCCUGGUAGCAGGCAAGAGAGAGGGGUCUAUAUCUGGUCAGAUUCUAGUAGACCAGACGUGGAUCCAUCUUUUCUUGGACCCUACUUGUUGCCGGAAAAAAUAGGGCGCUUCUUCGGGUGGGCUAAAUGUGUUGGUUCAUAAUUCAAUAUUAUGUCAAACCUAAGGCAUUGAUCAUGCAUUUGCAGCAUCGUUGUUGCUAUAUUGUAGCAUCAUUCUAUUAGACAAUUUUGUUCAGGGGGCUAUUUUUCAUUUUAUUUACACUUUUCCAUUUAUCUUUACAUACGGAAGCUGAGAAGGGAUAGAGGAUACACGCUUAAUUUUAUACUACACUGCUGUUGCUUCCAUGUUCGGAACUUUGUCUGCACCUUUUGAUUAACAUUGUAUUGCCAAAUUUGUAUAAAACAAUUGGAUUGAUUAUCAUUAAUGUAAUAUCAGACGGUUGCUAGUGGGUUGCGGUUUUCAUAA